CUUGAGGAACCUCUGAUAGACAUGAACGUGCAGACGAGCAUCAUACGCAACAUAGUGCAUUGUUAGCGAACACGUGAAGCUUUCCAACGUCUUUGUCGAUAACCAUGCCGCCGGCUCUUCAGCUGCGCGUGCAAGCUUCGACCGUUUUCGAUCGUCGCCGCCACACGAAAGCUAAUCUUAUUCACUAACAUGAGAGACGAUCAACGACCACUCCAAAAGCAUGCAGCAUCUCAUCUCAUCUCACUCAACGAACAACGUGCUGCUCAUCACCGCGGAGCCACUGUUCAUCUCGUUUGUCAGACCAGAGAUCCCAUGUUCUGGAUAACGAAUCUAAUUUUGGCUACGUGGAAGCGGAAAACUGGGCUCAACUACUUCUCCAAAUGCCCCAACUCACCAGACCUAUCCCCGAUUGAGAACUGCUGGCAGCCUGUAAAGCAAUAUCUCAAGAAUUUUCCUCAUUGGGAUGGAUUUGAGGCCAGAGAGCUUGCCUAUGAGGGCUGGAAUGACCAAGUUCUUCAAGAUUUUUUCAAUCAACGGAUAGAUAAUAUACCCCAAAGACUGCAAGACUGGCAGGAUAUGGAUGGGCGGAUAAUAGGUUAUUACAACAGCAACAUGUUGUGAACUGUUUGUAUGGGGCGUGGGUUAGUUGAGUUCCGCCAAGCAUUUUGGUGUCGGCUCUUUCUUCUGUCAGCACGCAACUUC